AUGGCUACCACUAUGCCGUACCACCAACGAGAGUAUGACAAUGGUCUCGACGAAACCAGCCCGUUGAUUGCGGGCGGCAUCGGACGCAAGGCAGAACAAAAGUCCCGCGACGGCACGGCUUCGGCCAUGGCUACAUUCGGCCUCGCUUUCAGCAUCAUGUGGGCACAGGCCUUGAUCCGCUGGUUCGCCGAUCCCAUCGAGUUCAAGCCGGCACCGAUUCUCGGCCCUGAUGUCAUUGAGCCGUGGCGUCUCGUGAGUCUUCGCAUCUUCGAGGCUCUCAGCGUUGGAGUUCUGUUCGCCCACAUCUGGUUCUGCGUGCUUGUGCCGGCUUUUCCCUAUCUGAGACACUUCAAGGCUACAGACGAGCCGCGUCAGUUCACGCUUGAUGGGCGUCACGUCAUCGGAGGCUUGGUGGCGCUCUGUGCAGAUGGAUUCCUCAAUUGCAACCAAUACAUCUUCAUGUGGAACGCCAACAGCAUCAACCGAGGAGUGUGGGCCAAGUAUCUGCCAUUCCACAACCACCAGUCCUCAAGCCGCUAUGGCGAGAGCCUCCUUUGGGGACCGCCCAUGUAUGUCUACUUCUGCGCUGGGUUCGGUAUUCUGGGAAGCAAGAUGGCCAAGCCGCUCAGGAAGCGUUUCCCCGACCUGUCGAACGCGGGCAUUUUUACCAUCAUCUGGUGCAUCGAAUUUGUCCUGGACUUUAUCAUUGAAAACCUGGCAAUCCGAAUCACGCACGGCUACGGAUACGCCAAAACAUACCGGCCGUUGACACUUUUCCCCGAGCAGGUGUAUCAGUUCCCCAUCUACGAGUCGAUAUUUGUUGCCAGCCUUGGCCUAGUCUUCACUGCCAUGAGGCUCAAGGCGUAUGAUACUGGACGGUCGCCUGUCGAGGCAGGGUACGAAAACUGGCACCCGCGCCUCCAGAGCACAGUUCGAACCUUUGCUGUCAUUGGCUUCUGCGCUGGCGCUGUCUUGAUACUCUAUCACCUCCCGCUGAACUGGCUCGGCGUCAUUGGCGAUUGCCACGCCAACAUGCCAAGCUACAUGAAGCCAGGCCCAGUGGAGUGA